AUGACUGUUGGAUUUUAUCUGUUUUCAGACAAAAUGGGAAUUGGUGGUGCAAAUUCUACUUCCAUUAAUUCAAAACCUCAGUCCUCAACCGAACAACAAAGAAGUAAACAUAGAGAUAUUGGAAAUCCUACACAUUCUAGACGCAAGACGAGGGGUCAUGAUAUUGAUGUCGAUGAAGAUGAGUUGAUACACUUGGAAAAUCCCUAUCGAGACUUUUAUGCAAAUGAAACGACAAUGCUGGACAUACCUCUUAAUCAACUGGAGUCGGUUAUAGCUGAGAAAAGAAAGGAUGGAGAUGCCGGAUUUCAAAAAGAAUAUGCGGCAUUACCAUACGGGGAACUAUUCAAGUGUGAAGCCGGAAAAAGAAAGGAAAAUCUUGAUAAAAAUAGAUAUAAAGCUACAUUUCCCUAUGAUCAUUCAAGGGUAAUAUUGAGAACGAAAUCAGGAUCCGACUACAUCAAUGCAAACUAUAUCGAGGGCCCAGUGAGCGUAAGAGAGUAUAUCGCAGCACAAGGACCAAAGCAGAAUACACUUGACGAUUUUUGGACGAUGAUUUGGCAAGAAAAUGUGUUCUCCAUUGUCAUGUUGACAAACCUGAGAGAAGGACCCUGGAUAAAGUGCCAUCAGUAUUGGCCAGAUGUAGAUAAGAAUGCAAACUAUGGUAAUAUUUUCGUACAAUUGAUGGAGCAAAAAGAGUACGCAUUCUUUAUUGUACGCAGAAUGACUGCAAGACACGAUGAAUCAAAGGAAUCACGGACGGUGACUCAAUACCAUUACACGGCGUGGCCAGACCAUGGAACACCGGAUCCCCUUUGUCUUGUUGUCUUUCUUGAUCACGUGACGAGAACAGGAACCAAUCAGAAUAACUCUCCAACAAUUGUACACUGCAGUGCAGGAAUAGGUAGAACGGGGACAUAUAUAGCGUUGGACGCUCUGGAACGAAAAGGGCGAAAGAGAAAGAAAGUUAACGUAGCAGAAUAUGUCAAAAAGAUGAGAGAAAACAGGAUGAAUAUGGUCCAAACCUACGAACAGUACAUGACGAUUUUUCUGGCUUUGAAUGAAAUAUUUAAGUCACCAGUUAACAUCAAUACUAUCGAAGACUUUGCAAAAAAGGUCGAAACAAUGAAGACAGAUAAACCAGCCAAUCGGAGUUUUUUACGAAAAGAAUUUCAGCUUUUGAUGAAGAUGCGACCAGUAUACACUGACACUGACUUUAUGAUUGCCAAAGAAAUUUGUAAGGUCGGACAUUUCACAGGUGUAUUGCCUUUGGAUAAAUACAGUGUUCAUCUCUCAGCCCCUGUUCCGAAUCGAGGAAGUUUCAUCAAUGCAAUAUAUGUACCGUCAUUCAUCAACAAUAAGGCGUUUAUUGUAACGCACUAUCCGCAAGCAGAGGACACUGUUGACUUCCUGCUCCUGGUCAGUGAGCAAGAGUCGAACACUGUCAUCUGUUUGGAUCCACUGAGUGGGAUUGAAUCGAGUAAGACAUGGGUACCAAGUCAUACCAACUCUUCCAAAUCUGCCAAUCCCUUCACCAUCCAAUUUCAAUCAAAAUCUGAAACUGACGUCAGCAGCUCGAUAAUUCUUAUAAGGCAGAAAAAUAGUAAAAAGACUCGGACAGUAACAGUAAUAGAGCCAAGGUCUAGCAUCAAAACUUUCGGAACACCUCUGGAUACUUCCCAGCUUCGAAGUCUGGUUUCUGUCGCUCUUGGUGUGGAGAAGGAAAACCCUGUCAUCGUUGUCAGCAGCGAUGGAGCUUCCCUCUGUGGUGCCUUUUGUGCUGUUCAUAACGUGAUUCAACAAAUGAACAUGGAUACAAACGUGGAUGUUUUUACCUCCGUCAGACAACUUCAAAUUCGAAGGCCCGAGUUCUGUUCAAGUCUUGAAGAAUAUGGACUCAUCUUCAAGGCCGUGGAUGAUCACAUACAGAGAGGCACAGAAACAUAUACUCUAAUCAAUAGAAGCAUAGUUCAUCAAAAAGAGACUUACACAUAAUAAUAAUAAAAUUGUAAAGCUCAUCACUAUAUUUAUAUCACACUGUAACUGCCAAC